AUGCAUGGCCCAAGUAGCCUUGAGGAUGGCAUGCCCUUUGUCAUUCCCAAGUUAUUUUUAACAUCAGGAGUCAGUUCCUAUCAGCAUACAUCGGUGACAUUGGAGUUCUUUGAAACUGUUGUUAGAUAUGAAAAGUUUUUCACAGUUGAACCUCAACACAUUCCAUGUGUAUUAAUGGCUUUCUUAGAUCACAGGGGUCUGCGGCAUUCCAGCGCUAAAGUUCGGAGCAGAACUGCUUACCUGUUUUCUAGAUUUGUCAAAUCUCUCAAUAAACAAAUGAAUCCUUUCAUUGAAGAUAUUUUGAAUAGAAUACAAGAUUUAUUAGCCCUUUCUCCACCUGAGAAUGGUUACCAGUCCUUGUUGAGCAGUGAUGAUCAACUUUAUGAGACAGCUGGAGUGCUGAUUGUUAAUAGUGAAUACCCAGCAGAAAGGAAGCAAGCCUUAAUGAGGAAUCUAUUGACUCCACUAAUGGAGAAGUUUAAAAUUCUGUUAGAAAAAUUGAUGCUGGCACAAGAUGAAGAAAGGCAGGCAACUCUAGCUGACUGUCUCAACCAUGCUGUUGGAUUUGCCAGUCGAACCAGCAAAGCUUUCAGCAACAAGCAGACUGUGAAACAGUGUGGCUGCUCUGAAGUUUAUCUGGACUGUUUACAGACAUUCUUGCCAGCCCUCAGUUGUCCCUUACAAAAAGAUAUUCUCAGAAGUGGAGUUCGCACUUUCCUUCAUCGAAUGAUCAUUUGCCUAGAGGAAGAAGUUCUUCCAUUUAUCCCAUCUGCCUCAGAACACAUGCUCAAAGACUGUGAAGCAAAAGACCUCCAGGAGUUCAUUCCUCUAAUCAACCAGAUUACGGCCAAAUUUAAGAUACAGGUAUCCCCAUUUUUACAACAGAUGUUCAUGCCCUUGCUCCAUGCAAUUUUUGAAGUGCUACUUCGACCUGCUGAAGAGAAUGACCAGUCUGCUGCUUUAGAGAAGCAAAUGUUGCGGAGAAGUUACUUUGCCUUCCUGCAAACAGUCACAGGCAGCGGAAUGAGCGAAGUUAUAGCAAAUCAAGGUGCAGAGAAUGUAGAACAAGUGCUUAUUACCAUUAUCCAAGGAGCAGUUGAAUAUCCAGAUCCAAUUGCUCAGAAAACAUGUUUUAUCAUCCUCUCAAAGUUGGUAGAACUCUGGGGAGGUAAAGAUGGACCAGUGGGAUUUGCUGAUUUUGUUUAUAAGCACAUUGUCCCUGCAUGUUUCCUAGCACCUUUAAAACAAACCUUUGACCUAGCUGAUGCACAAACAGUAUUGGCUCUCUCUGAGUGUGCUGUGACACUGAAAACCAUUCAUCUCAAACGGGGCCCAGAAUGUGUUCAGUAUCUUCAACAAGAAUACCUGUCCUUGCAGGUAGCUCCAGAAAUAAUUCAGGAGUUUUGUCAAGCGCUUCAGCAGCCUGAUGCUAAAGUUUUUAAAAAUUACCUAAAGGUGUUCUUCCAGAGAGCAAAGCCCUAAGGACUGGAUUUCCCUUUGCCUACUUCAUGAUCAGGAAUUCCAGUUAAUAAUUUAUAAAGAAGCAAUUUUUGUGUGCCAUUCACACUGUCUUUUUUAACAUUGUUUUGAACUUAUUGCAUAUAUGUAUUAGAAUUUUUCUGUAAAAUGGGUGUAAUUUUCCCUACAUACAGGUAUGUGACAACAAGAGAAGUUGCUUGCAUGCCAGCUCAAAUUGUUCUAUAUAAAAAUGCUGUUAAAAGACAGCAGAGUUAUGCCUCUUAAUUUUUUUCUUUAUUUGAAACUUUAAGUCCUUUCUUUAUGAAGACCGUAGCAGUGGAAAACAGUGUAAUUUUCUUAAAAAUUGAUGAAAAUGUUUAAAAUUUUUAGUUUUAUGUGUGCAGACACAUAAAGUAUGGGGGGAAUACAACAGUCAAAACUAAUUUUUUGUAGAUAGCCAUUACGUUUCUUUAAACUGUUUCAAUGCCAAUGUGUAUUCUACAAGAGAAUGGGUUCAUAAAUUAAUUGAUUGAAAAGUAGGUGCCGGUGUUAUACAUUUUUUAUAAAAUAAAAAAAAAUAAAUUUUAUG